AUGUACGACCCUGAGCGCGGCUGGAGCCUGUCCUUCGCCGGCUGCGGCUUCUUGGGCUUCUACUACGUCGGGGUGACCAGCUGCCUGAGCGAGCGCGCCCCGCACCUCCUUCGCCAGGCGCGCAAGUUCUUCGGCGCUUCGGCGGGCGCGCUGCACUGCGCCUUCUACCUCGCCGGGAUCCCUCUGGAGCAGAGAUUGCAGAUCCUCAUGGACCUCGUCCGGACCGUCAGGAGCCGGAACUUGGGGAUCCUCCACCCAGCCUUCAGCUUGAGCAAGUACAUCCGAGACGGUCUCCACAGACACCUCCCCGACAAUGUCCACCAGCUACUCUCUGGCAAGAUGGUCAUCUCACUUACCAGAGUGUCCGACGGAGAAAACGUGCUGGUGUCGGAUUUUCAUUCCAAAGCUGAAGUCGUGGACGCCUUGUAUUGUUCCUCGUACAUCCCUGUCGUCUUUGGCUUGAUCCCCCCUUCCUUCAGAGGCGUGCGAUAUGUGGAUGGAGGAAUAAGUGAUAACUUACCCUUCACUGAUUCCAAAACAACCAUCACUGUGUCCCCCUUCUAUGGGGAGAGCGACAUCUGCCCCAGAGUCAAGUCCACGUUCUUACUUCACGAAGGCUUCACCACGCUCAACAUGCACUUCUGCACAGAGAACCUCUACCUGAUGUUCCAGUCGCUCUUCCCCCCGGAUGUCAAGGUGCUUGGAGAGCUGUGCCUUCAAGGAUAUUUAGACGCGCUCAGGUUCUUGGAGAAGAAUGGCAUCCGCGACGGGCCCCACCUGUGCCUGAGUGCGUCCCCAGCAGAGUGGGAGCCGGAGGCGGAGCCUGAGAGCCUGGAGCCUUUUCUGGGCGUGGCCACCCGGGAGGCGUGGCCUGAGCGAGAGGAGCUGCUGGAACACCUGCGCCUUGGGGUGCUCUCGUGGGACGAGAGCGUCCUGGAGACCCUGUCGUCCAGGCUCACCAUGGCACUGAGGAACGCAGUGAGAAACCGAGACGGGUACAUAAACAAGAUUUUCAACUUCUUCCCAGUUAAGAUCAUGUCCUACGUGAUGCUGCCCUGCACGCUGCCGGUGGAGUCUGCCGUCGCUGUGGUCCAGAGACUGGUGACGUGGCUUCCAGACAUGCCCAGUGACAUCCAGUGGCUGUGGUGGGCCACCUCCCACGUGUGUUCCCAGGCCAUGGUGCAUCUGCUCCCCGUGUCCAGAUCCCAAAUCCCAGCAAGCGGCCAAGGGCCUUCCUCCACAAACCAGAACACCGUGGGCGCCGCCAGGCUCCCUGCUCCUCCGUGGACCCACAGAGGCCAGAGCUGACAUCUGUGAUGUACGCAGAAUGACCUCCGUGCUGAGUUUGUAGUGUCAUGAAACCAAAGGCAAUCUUUCUGUCUUACAAAAAGCUAGGA